GCAGAAACAAUACAAAUUGUAACAGAUUUGAAGGGGCGUGUCGGUAAAUAUGUAAUGUGUUCCGGUGUCAAAUGAUUGUUUACCUUCAACGAGUGUGCAACAGCUCGUCAGAACAUACCAUUCGCCAUUGACAACAUGGUAUAUAUAUAACCAUAGCGACACGCUUUCCUAUGCUUCCUGAUAUAAGCGACUUGGAGGCAGCGAGACAGUGUCAUCUUAUUGGAAAUCUCCCGUAUCUGGAUUACGUCAUCAGAACAAAGCCGCCAUCUUCUGUAAGCUUGUAAAGAAAGAGGAAUGAUGGCGAUAUGACAACAAACCGAUAUCACACAGUGCAUAAGGCUGAUUUCAGUGCUGUAGAAAGCUGUAUCGAUCUCUUCACAUGUUAUGCUGAUGAACGUCAAGUGAGUGUGGUUAUUUGAAAUAUGGCGUAUUCAGUGACAGGGGCUCGCUACGCCCGAGGUGAAGGAAGCUUGGAUGCUAGGAACCAACAGAUAUUCGGAUUACCUUUAAAGUCUAUCCUUAAGAAGCCCCGGGCGGAUUGGACCCCUCCGGGAUCCAAGAAGACAGUCGAUCCGUGUCACCGGUGUCAGGGCAGGGUCUACCCAGUGGAUAGGAUAAACAUCGAAUUCAGACUCUGCUACCAUAAGGAGUGCUUCACGUGCUCGACAUGCGACAGGAAACUGUCACUAAAAGAUUUUCACCUCAGUUCAGGAAAAGAUAGGGAGAUUUACUGUUUUAGACAUGUGCCAUCCGGUCUUUCAAACUGCCGGUCUAUCUCCCCGGUGGGGAGGAGGUUACACCGGUCUGCCUCAUGUCCGGGGCCGGAUCGACCCGAGGGAUUCAGGGAACGGAAGGAGAAGAAGAAACACCGAACAAGCUUUAAUGAAGAGGAUGAAACACGGACCUAUUGGCCAGAGUUCUUGUUUGAACUCAGCGCUGAACCAGAGGCACCGGUCCGAUACUCUUACAUCGACCAGGACUCGGACUACGACCCAGACACGCUAGACGAGCGCCUCUCAGACAGUAAUGCCAGGGAGGUGGGUUUGAAUGACAUUGACGAGAGCAAGAGAAACUCGCUGGGAAGAAAGAGGAAGUCGUGGAUGAACGAACACGAGAACGAAGCUACAACAGAACCACCACUAGAAGAGGUCAUGGAACCCGACCCCAACCCCGUGAUGGUCAUUGCACCCUCUCCAGUGAUUGAACUUAAAUCUGCCCCAGAUGUUCACCUUGAAUCUGGCCCUGACCUUCAGGCGGCCAUGACUGAUGAUGAGAGUUCGUCGAAGGAAGACCUAGCAGCCAUUGAGGACGAUGAUGAAGGAGUCACUGAGCAGCAGGAUAUUAUGUACGAGGCUUUCGUAGGAGCAUAUGGUGAUAAUCUUCAGCGCAUGGAUGAAUCGUUUGAGAGGGAGAAGGAGGGGCUUCUCGACGAGUUGACUGGCGGCAUCAGCAGCUCCGGCAGACCGCGCAGUGGAGUCGAUCCGUCAACUGGAGACAACCCGCACACAGAUAUGUCUCCUGUGGCUGGUCAUCUGAACGAUACCGACAACCAACACCGCCAGUUUUACGAUCCAAGCAAAGACCUUUACGACCCGAAUGAAUCCUUUCGGGAACGUCCGAGGCAUGACGGACCUGGCAUUUCACCUGAUGCUAUUCUAGCCUCAAUGAUUAUGGAGAGGUUAAGUGGCCAGCCACCUGUUCGUACGAGAGUAGGUAGAAGGUUGGAGGAUGAUGAAAACAUGGGAAGUAAGGAGUACAUUCCGACAUUACCGUAUAAAACAAUCAGGCACCACUCGGGUUUGCCUCCGGAUGGACCACCGCAUUACACACCACGCGGAUCUGGCCGUGGACGGGGCCGUGGUGAACCAUACGGGCCUUAUCAUUAUGGACCAUACUCGAGGCCUGGUGAAUAUCCAACGCCUGCCCCUAGACCACAGCAGAAACCACCGCCGCCACCAAAGAUUAACGCUGGGCCUAUCAUACACGGUGCUAGACCAGGAGGACUCGAACGACCAAAGACUCCUGAAGCAGAACCAGAACCAGAACGAGAACCUGGAAUGAUUCCUGAUCCUGUCUUAAAUGCUGUCGAGACGGCCAUAGAGAAGAGAGAUGCGAAUAAAAAUGUACCUGAAGAAUACACUGGAUACUACAUUGAGACAUGUGUUGGAGUUGAUGAGAAUUUCUACAACUCGCCACUGGCUAAGAGGGGUAUGCAUCCAUCAAGAAGGGAAUAUACAAUAGAUGAAUUAGCACUCAGAGCGAAAUAUGGCCUGCGAUCGCCUGAAACUCGAUCGAAGUCUUUGGAUCGUGGUUUAGAGGAGGUGCGACCUGAGGAGUAUGCCUAUCAGUCGCAGGGAAUGGUGGAGGGGCCUUCUACCUUGGAGCGCGGACGUGAAAGAGAAAGGGUAAACCGAGCAAGAAAGCACAUGAUAAUGGAUGAAGGAUCACAAGGAUCUCUUGAUGGAAGCAAGGAAAGGGUGAAACCAACCAUUGCAACAAAACCAAAGAUCUCCGAUAAAUUGAAACAGGAGUUCCGAUCGGCUUCCCAUGGGCGGGUUAACACGCCUACUGCCAGUGACAAGUUGAGAGAGGAGUUCAUACAGCGGGCUGGUACACCAACAGGGAGCACUGAAAGGGGCGCCUCUAUGGAGAAGAAGGAAACCAAAACUGGUAAAAUAGAGAUGACAGAUAACUCAAGCUCGCCAAAUGUUAAGAUCGGAACUGUUCAGAAGACAGUCAUAAGAACACAUCAACAACCUAACCAAUCAUCGGGCAUUGAAGUGGUAGAGCUCAGUGAUACAUCAUCAACAGGAUCGUCGAGACCGGGGUCAAGACCUGGUUCAGCUGGUGCUACGCGUCCACAGAAUCUGGGAGGGCAGGACUUCAUGUAUAAUGCCAUGCUGCAGCAGUCCAUUACGACGGCUGUGUCCCGCCACGGUGCUUCACGGUCUGUACCAAGAGACCAGACAUCAUCAAUGGACCGAUCAAUGACAAGAGAUCCACCAACAACAGCAAACAAAAUGAAACGGAGUCAAACCAGUUCCAUGGACAGGUCGACCGCGAGAAGGGAUUUCUUUGAACCCAAGUCGGAACACAAUCAAGGGAAUGAGGUAUCCUUGAAACAUGGGAAAGAUGAGAAGAAGAGGGAAAAAGGUGCUUCUGACCGAUCCAGUUCUUACUCCAGCCUUGGGAGUGAUAAGGACAGUCCCCGAACUCGAGUCACUGCAGAAGGUCAGGUUGAAACUUCCGCGACCCCAGGGGGACCAGUUGUUUCUGGGAGCACACCUGCUGCCCGGAGUGGUAGUGUUCAACCAGGGAGUGUAAAGAUUACAGGCGGACCAGUCAUAUCAGGGCUCAUGCCAGAAACAGCAAUGCAAGGAUCAGUUGAGAGAGAUGAGGAGAAGAAAAGAGAUGGGAGGGUUGCUACACCAUUGAUCAUCACUAAGACUCCAGAGCCUGGAAAAGGCCGCAAAGGAGCAGGCGAAAGGGGUCAGGAUCUCACGAAGAGUGGAGGGGUUGUCACGCCCCCUAUAAGCGCGAAAACCACAGAGCUUCACACUGCAAGGGAUGGAACAAAAGACAGGCACUUCAAGAAGAAAACCGAAACCUCCAUGGCUUAUGAAGAAAGGGUUCAGAAAUCAGAAUCUACGCCGUCCUUUAGAGAGACAACUCAAGAUGCAACAGAUUCGUUCAGGACGCCAAAUAGGGGAUUCGAAUAUGACUAUGAGAUGGAUGUUUCCACAACAUCUAAUGAUGUGAGGCCUGGUUCUCAUAAGACCACACGGAUCAAAUCAAGUGGUCAUCUAAGGGAUGGAGAGACACCAAAAUCUAGUUCGAAGGAUCGCCGCAGAAAAGACUCGUCAAAGAACCGCAAAGAAAUUCAACGUGACGAAUCUUUUGAUAGUCAGUUAUCUGUCACGUUGCACACAGACAACAGUGAUACUACUUACGGGCAGGACAGUAUGACCCAGGCUGCUGUUAGGGGUGCUGUUAGGGACACUGUGCAUGACAACAUGUUUGGCCAGGAGACGACCUUAUCCCCUGUAACACCUGGCACAAAUUGGGCAAUGAUGGAGGAUCGCUUCUCCACCCCGAAGGGAAAGAAGGAUAAGGAUAAGAAGUCUAAAGGUGGUUUCUUUUCAUUAGGAUCGAAACGCAAACCCAAGAGAUCAAGAGAGAACUCACUUGAUUCAACGUUGGACACCACAAUGGACUCGACGUUUGAUAAGAAGUCGCUUGCUUCUAUGGGUUCACAGGAUACCCUGAAUGAGACCGUGAAACGGAGUGAUCGCAGGACGGAGAAAGGGAAGGAGAGGGAAAGGGUUAAGGAUAGAACGGUUAAGGUAAAGGAUAAGAACAAGCGGGGAAAGGGGAAGGAAGCGUUGAAGGAGGUCACUAACCAGGACAUGGAUAGUAUAUCAGACAUGUACAUCGAGGGUGAUGAUGACUUGCUGAAGAAAGAAGACAUGGAAAGGAUAGGCUCCGUACCCAUGAAGAUGACCUCCACACCGGAUGGUCAGCGCAAGGUCAUGAAAAAACCCAAUUCUGAACGAAAGUUUGAAAUUGUUGACACGCAUGACGGUAGGGGUCGAGAUGGGAGCAGGCGAAGGGAUGAGAAUCGGGAGACCGAGUACACAACUACCAAGGAUGUGAUGAAUGCGAUGUUUGUUGGUUCCAUGGAACGGAAGAAGCGGUCACCGAGAAAGAAGAGUAGGGAAAGGAAAGAUAGAAAAGAGGAGGAGGAGAGACUACAAGUGACUGAACUUAGCAUUGAUGAAAUGUUGAAGGAGAGAGAGAUUUCAAAGGAGGAUAGGCAGCGGGUAAAAGAAACCAGUUCCACUCGAGCCGUGAAGGAGAAUAGUGUCGAUCGGAGGCACAGCGACAAGGAGCACACGUCCUCCAGGACUCACAAGGAGCACACGUCAUCUAGGACUCACAAGGGCGGGGAAGGUAGACACAGAACCAGGAGUGACACGACUGGCAGUGAGAAAGAGAGUGAUGAGAAACAUCGAACAAAGGCGAACAUUUCUAAAACUCGGAAAGAUAGCGAAGAGGAGGGACAACUUGUGAAAAAGCACACUUCCAAAUCGGAGAAGAGUGAUCGGUAUAUUAAAAAGAAAAAGGAACCCAGUGAUGCAACUCGUGCCAUUAUGUCAGAGUUAUUACUUCAAGUUGGUGCUAGCCCGAGCCGGAAACAUCGCGAGGGUGAGGGGCAUGAUAGUGGGGAGGAUGAGGAAGUUGUUUACAGGAAGGUGGUCAAGAGACGGGCGGGACAGAGUGCGGAGAGGCGGCGGCACGUAAAGCGCACGGAGGAACGAACCGAGGAGUUUGAAUACAGGAAUGGUGAGGCCGCAGCGCAAGAGGGCAAACGUAGGGAAGGCAGAAAUGAACAUCUGCAGAAUGGUCGUGACAGUUCGUAUGAGGAAUACAAAGUCGAAUGGAACGAGUACCCUGAGGAUGAGUUUGAGAACACAUCUUACUCAGGGUUCGAUGUAAGUUUAGAUGAAGUGAUUCAGGAACGUGAGUAUCGUAAGAGCGAAGUGUUUAAAAUGUUAUUGGAGGAUACAGCCUUUGAGAAGAAGCUACGGCGGCUGGCGGAAAAGCGGGCGCGAGAGAUGGAGAAGGCUGGAGACACGGGGAGUGAGGGGACGGGAAGCACGCCACGGAGCUCGGUCAGAUCCUCUGACAAGUCAACCGAGAGUCUGGAUGAAAUGGACCUCUUACGGGAACUGGAGAAACGAAUCGAGGAGUACUUUGAGAAGCAGAAACAGAAGAAGAUCAAGGCCUUGAUGAAGAAGUUCAUGGCGGAGGAAGGCACCCGGAUGUCUAUGCUAAUGAGUCACGAGGAUGAAGUCCUGGACUUGAUUGCACUUAAGGAUCGUGAGAUGUAUGGCGAGAUCCUAGAGCCCACCCUACCCCCUGCCCCAGAGGCCGAGCCUCCUGAAUACAGCCGCUCCGUGCUGUACGUCAGCGCUGAUGUGUUUGAGGAGUUAGAUACUGAAGUCAUUGAGAUUGCCCAACACGAGCAAGCCAGUUACAUCGAGUUGGUGAGGGAUCUGACCAGAAGGUGCAAGACAGAAUUAGACAGAGUGAGGGCGAUCUUCCGUUGGAUCACGGUAAAGGACCUAAGCAAGAUCCGCUUUGAGGCUGACGAGCGAAUCAACCCGGAGAGUCUCCUCGGUAUGCUGAAAGGGAUCAAAGAGGGCAAGGCCAGCUAUCACGACCUAUUCAAGAGGCUUUGUGGUUAUGCUGGUAUACACUGCACAGUCAUCCAAGGCUACUCUAAGGGUGCCGGCUACAGACCAGGAAUGAAGGUGGAACACAAGGCUUUCAGGAACACAUGGACAGCAGUCAACGUCAACAAAUCCUGGCGGUUUGUCAACUGCAACUGGGGAGCGAGACAUUACAAAAAUACUUCGCCCAUCAAACAAGAACCGGCUGGGAAAGACUUGUGUUACAAGUGCGAUGAGUUCUACUUCCUCACGGAUCCUGAGGAUCAUAUCUUCCAACAUUUCCCUGAUGAUAAGAAGUGGCAGCUGUUGCGGCGCCCGAUCACCAUGAUCGAGUUCAUGAAACUGCCGGUCCUCAAGUCUCCCUUCUUCAAUGCUGGCCUGAUGAAGCCCACGCACAAACUGGAGGACAGGAUCUAUACGCAAGAUGGUCGAAUCGAAAUCGCUUUCAAGAUGCGCAAGUUCCCUGGCUUGCAUUGUACCCUUGAAUUAAUCGAGGGGAGGACUGUUAUCCCUGAGCCAGAAGGACAUUCGCUCAUACGAAUCAUUGACGAGGAAGUUAUAUUCCUCGUGACACCACCCGACAUCGGCCGCUAUUUCUUCAACGUUUAUGUUGCAGAGAACUGGAAAUCGAACUCUCUGGAACACGCAGCCGCAUUCCUUAUCUUUGCCGGGGAUGACUGCUUUGACAAUGGCUCAAAUGGUGUCUUCCCCUCGACGGGGGUCAUCGGGAAGACGCCGGUGAUGAAGAAGCUUGGGAUUGACAUUCCCCCAGUACAGGACCCAUACAUAAUGAUCUCCUGCAACACGUGGACUGAAGUGACUCUGCCUUUCACUCUAAAGCGUGACGUGAAACUGUCCCACCAAAUGAAACUGUUCAAUCGAAAAGGAAUGUAUGUCGGUGACUACGAUGAAUUUGUCUUUCUGAAAUACAAGGGGAGUAAGUCAUAUUGCGUCCGGUGUCCGCGAGAGGGCGUGUACGCGUUGUCAGUGUUUGCAGGCGAUGCAAAGGACCGCAGCCCUAAACUAGAAUGCAUCUUUAAAUACUUAAUAGACUGCGAGUCUGCUCAAAUGACCGCUCCGCCUUUCCCGAAGCCGUCCAGACGGUGGAUUGGUUGUGUCUUACACGAACCAAUCAGUGGUGAACUUGACGUGAACACCAAGUAUACAUUUGGGUUAGAGAUCCCGGACGCAGUCGAAGUUUCCGUUGUCAUUGGCGACAAGUGGCAGGCUUUGGAAUUCUCUGAAGAUAGUGAGGACUUGUGGGAGGGGCUUGUGCACACGAGGAGUAAGCCGGGUGUGACAGCUACGGUGUUCGUGCGCUACGAUGAAGACUCUGAUAAAUUCUCGCCUCUCUUGGACUAUACUGUUGUCGGCAAUAAGGGGGCCACACCGGGGAAGUUGUGACAAACGCCCUCAUCGCGAGCGGUAGAAGAGUUGUUUAAACCACAGGAAUAAUAUGGGUUUAAAGAAAUAAGUACUGAUUCCUAUCUCAAUGAUGACAUUGCUUAGCGAAGUCAUUGAGCAAUCGAAGCUUUCCAUCAUGUGGCGAUGGAUUUAGUUGGCGGCGGCAUCGCCAUUUUAUGUUACAGGCAAGAUUUGCAUUUAUAGAGUCUAAUAUAUUCUGUCAUUUACCGGUCUGUUAGUAAAUGGCAUGACAAAAAAAUACCGAGUCUAUCAUAGGCUUCAUGAACUGCUUGAUAGGCGCUUCAGAGCUGUUACCAUAUGAAUCAAAUGUGUUACAUUAUUGGCUGUAGCAAGUAAAGAAUUAACUUCGCAGAUCUCGUCAGUCCUUCGAGAAUAAUCAGUUGCCACUCUUGUACCGCUCGUUGGUGAUGAACCACGACGGUUUUUAGAGACUCUAACUACUGCCUCUGAUCGAGGAGCUGUUUCGGAUAGAUUUGUACUUUUGUAUGUAUUUAUAACUUACCGAGGAUAUUAGUUUCUAGUUCAGAUAAAUGAUACUGUGUCGGUGUAAUAGUUUUAAAUGUCCUUGGAGAGAGUGUCUUGGGGACAGAAACUUCUAGUCUGUGUGAAAACCCUUCCAGGUUUAUUAUGAACUUUUUAUAAUGGAAGUAUUGAAGCUAUUGGGUCUCCAUAGAACCAUACCUUAAUAUGUCGCCAUACAAUAGAUGAGGACACUUUUUGCAGGGUAGGACAUGUAAGACUAAUACACCGGGGAGAGAUGGCGAUAUCAUAGACAAAUGCUUCUUUAGAAAUAACUGGUCUGAGUGAUCCGAACCCGGUGUAACAUCAUGUUCCCCUUAUUUCAGUGUUUCCCUACAGUAGACCGCUAGAGAGACCAUGACUUUUCAAUGGGGGAACACUGAAACAUGUGUCAAUCUAUCUCCUUCCGCAUUCCCAGACAAUGCGGGGAAACACUCAGAAAUAGAGACACUCAAACACGUUACACCGGUUGUUUAAAACAGGUUGGUCAUAAACUUCUCAGACAUGUGCAAUAUGGAAGACACGAAACGAAACUGAACUUCCACUACAAUCUCGUUUCCCUUUCUCUUGAUUUCAAAUCUGUAAUCUUGCACCUUUCUAUUGCCGUCUCGCUGUUGUGUACUCUGUCCCAGUUUGGUGUAUCAUACUUGUUCUGUUCUUCUGGGCUGUCGGUUACUGUUAUACAAUAGCGUACGUAAGUGUCGUUGUCAAAAAUGCAGGCUAGUCCUCUCACUACAGCUUCAUUUGAGUGCUAUUGUGAAAUCAGUCAGAAGCCCGACCUUCAGGGCGACAACUCAAGCUUUCGAAAGGACGUUUAAUGAAAGAAGUUGUUUCACCAUCUAUAAAGUCGUGACGGUUUCGGAUCGCUUUUACCGUAAACAACCCGACAACACUUGUAUCCAGGACAUGACUGGAUUUCACCUUGUGAGAAACAGCUAGCAGCUUUUGGUUUUCAAUCCUGUGGCCGUCACCACAGGCCGGCCGGAGUCACUCGAUUCCUAACUGGUCGCUUGCACUAUUUGCUUCUAUUGAUUCUAAUAUAUAUUGACCUUUUGGGUCAGGAUGGUCCGACAUUGUUUAUACUGCACUUUCGCAAUGUACACCACGUGUAAAUUGUUAUAUAGUUAUUCCAGAAGUGGAGCUUAAAACUAUAGAUGUAAAACAUAAAAUACAAAGGUGUUCAAACACAU